GAAGGUGAAAGAGGCAUCAAAUCAUUGGCGAAUCGUUGGAAAACGUUUUUGACUUUGGGAGGAGAGUGGUGUGCAGUUAAAAAAAAAGACCGAUUCAGUGUUAUCAUAAAUUAUCAUAUAAAUCAUGAACUUUGUCGUUCAGGUGUGAAUUAUGUCGUUGAAAAUGCGCGCUUCCUUGAGUUCGAUAAUUCAGUCGAUGAAAGGUAUAAAACAGGGCCAAAAGACUUAUUUUUUGGAAAGGUAUCGAUAAAGUAUCGAUUGGAAAAGACUAGAAUUGCAUUUAUUUCGAUAAGAAUAGUUUAUAAGUUGUAGUGUCACGCUGCGAGUAACAAAACUGUUAUUAUCGAAAAUCAGCCAUGCAUCCAGUUUAACAAAGAUUGUCACUCAGUGAAGUCACUUAUGCAAAUAUAAGAAAAGAGCCUUUGAUCUAUUGAAUUACUUAGUGCUAAAUCAUUAGUAAUACAGUGGAAAUUGCGCCUUCUGGUUUUGUCAACUGUUUUAGGCGGUGAAACUCUAAACAUUGUCGUAUCAGGUGGAAAACACGGCGAACAUAUGGCUCGCCUAAACUGACAACUUCAGCUGAAGAAAAGAGCAAAGGAAAAGCUUAUGUGAAGAAGUAUAUUUUUCACUUCCCGCCAAUACUGUUGAUAAUGAGAGGGGUGCAAAUCACUAUACUUCUUGUGGCAGUUCAAACUUUCUAUUGCUAUGAACACAAAUGGAAAGAAGAGGGCUACGUCAAAAACUAUUUUGACGCUCAAGAAUGCGCGCAAGUUGAACCAAACUGCGAGGAGUGCGUGUCCAGAGGAGGGAGUUGUGAGUGGUGUAGCGAUGGUUCACACAGAAGCGAGUGCAUUAAACAAAGAAGCGAGAACUGCCCGCGUCAACACCGAACGACAACUUGCGUAAAUUCUCAAACGACUGAAGACGAGAGAAAAAAGACGGUGUUGGAGUAUUACGACAAAUCUUUGGACGAGCUACAAGCUAUGGACGCACCAGAAGCGAACAACACCGUAGAAAACAGCAGCGUGGUUACCGUGAACGCGAGCGUAUUUUGCGGACGCCAGGGCGGUUGCAAGAGCUGCACGUCACACGAGUUUUGUUUUUGGUGCGAGUCGAAAAAAACAUGCGAGGUCCUUUACAACGCGUCAACAACGCACCACUUUUGCCACAAAAAGGGAACAGCAUACAAGGGUCAAUGCAUUUACUCAAUUGGUGUAACUCCCUGCCCUGAAAGAAAACGAUCCUGUAAAAAAUGUCUACAGGGGGAUAACCUGUGUUACUGGUGUUCCUCAACGGAGAAAUGUGCGCUGUACCCGUCGGAAAAUUUCGAACCAGAAGAUUGCGCCAAGGGCAGGUGGUACUACAAGGAAUGUCCGGUAGUGAAAGAUCUGCUGUGGGUUCUCUUCCCGAUUUUAGCCAUCAUUCUUAUACCCAUCAUUGUGUAUUUGAUAAUCUGGUUAAUAUGUUGCUGUAUGCGAGCAGCGGGUUACGAGCCCCUGGAACCAACGGAACCAUCCAAGAAGAAACGCCCCAAGGGUAUCCGAUUGAAACCCGGGUCCCCUUCAAACAAGACCGACGAGUUGAGACAAAAAUACGAUCUCAAUAAUCCUUAAGGCAGUUUCUAGUAAUUCAGGUAAUUUUAGGGUAUCGCUAGGGAUGUGUAAGGGAAUGGAGUUGAAACAAAACUCUUUGAAUUGUAACACGAAAAAGGCUGGUGUUAUGGCGAUAUAAUUUAAAUUUCUUAUGAUAUUAGUAACUCAUAGCAAAUGAAGCAAUAGCCAUUUGAGGCACGCGUGAUUUAAGCAGGAGCUUCCCACGCUUCUCGCGCGCCACGCGUUAUUCCCGCAACCAUUCGUAUUUAACAUCACAUUCAAAUUUCAAAAUAAUAAACACCUUAUAGUACCUUAAUUUAUAAUUAACCGAGUGAUAAUAAUUAAGCAAUGCAGUGUUUGGCUAGUAUUUUUCACAUUAUUUUUGUAUGGUAGAGCAUUUGUAAAACUGAGUAAGGGAUUUGUAAAACUAAACAAGGCAAGGGACGUUUUCAGGACCGUAUCGCUUUAGCAGCAAAACCGGUAACCAAUGCAAUGUCAGGUUUGAUAGCUAAAGAGCAAAAUCGUUCAAAGUGCCCGAAGCCGUGUUUCAAAGCAAAGAACUGGAGAACUCCAGUCGUUCGAGAAACCGCUAGACUGACGUCUUUGCGGGCGCGUAUUUGUGAUAAUUGCCGGGCUAAAAUAUUAGGGAGGGGUGGGAUGGUGGGAGUUUGGGGAUUGAAGAGAGUUCGGAGGUUCGCAAAACCGACUCCGUAAAUAAAAUUAGGCAUGACUGUUAACGAUCAUGAUCAUGUUUUAUAAGUUUUUCAUAUUUAAUAAGGGGAGGACCAUAAUUUUGCGAAGACAGAAGUGAGAAGAAUUGAAUUGUCGUUCGCCAAGCCAACCAAGUUAGUCUUUUCUCUUUUAUAUACUGAUGUAUCCCUGUAACCAAGUGAAUUAAUGUGGGUAUCUAAACAUAAACACCUUGGCCGGGUUGCUCAGACGUCGGUUAACGCUAACUCAGGAUUCAAAGUUAACCGAACUAUCAAUUUCUGUUGUAUUAAAAUGAUUUUCACUGCUUAUGUUUUGUGUAGUUUGAGAUUACUGAAGCUCAAAACUGAAGGACAAACAAUAUAAACAGAAAACUUCACCAAAAUACUUCAAAACUGAAGUCAAAAUUCUCGCCAAUCCUCGGCCCUGUGGUUUCCAUAUUACGCCCGAUCGUGAGGUGAAAUACCUACAUUGUAGGCCGGACAUCGAAUAUUUUCUUCGCAUGUAUGACCUACAGUUGAAUUUAUGCUCAGGAAAUGGUGUACAGAUUCGUCGAGUUAGAGGAACAAUCAAAUUAUUACUGCGAGCUUAUAGAAAACAGCUCUCUUAACGUGACUAUAUGGUUAAUGGGGUUCUAUCCUUGUCUACCGCUAAACAUGGGAAUAACCAUUGUAUUUUCCUAGUUCAGGAGGCAUUAAGCCGAAAUGAAUCGUGUUGUUCCUUAUAUCACUUCUUGUGUACUCGGACAGACCCGUUGAGGGCCAAUUUCCUUCGUUUAUGACCGUAAUGGUUUAUGAGUUCUCAUGUACGAUGUAUGAUAACAACAUAUUUUUACUCAUUACAAUAAACAAUGGUUUGGAUAGUAGUUAUUAUCGAUCCAGGGACGACUUUUGUGCAAAAAUAAUAAUAUAAAAAAAUUGAGAGAGAAAAAAAAAGGCGUAUCUUGAACUGUGUGCCUCCAUUGUCGUUUGCUGUAUCUUAAUUUUCACUCUCGUUGCUAAGUCGAUCACAGGUCCUCGAAGGUCUGCUUGUCCCAGUGAACGACCUUCAAAAAUACUGCAUGCUUGUUUAGAACUAAGACCCAGUUUGCAUUCACCGAUUAGAUUAUGAGCUCGAGAUUUGUAUCACUCAUAGAAAUCGAGAAAUCUACUUGACUUUCAAACUUUUAUCUAAAUCCUCUUCACAGACGCUAGAAAACGCUAAGAAGCGGUCGCCAUUUUGUCAAUGACCGCACACUGUUGAGCUACUCCUUAUCCACAACAAAAUAAAUCGUGAGUAGCGCAGCCAGUAAGAAAACGGUAUUCGUAAUAGAACGCUUGUAGAUUUAUGCGUAUAACCCAUAUUAUGAAGUAUGACACAAGGUCUAAUUAAGGCAAGUGCCAUUUUGGUAAUUUAUUCACUUUUACAAAACUUUUACAUCACUUAUGGUAACGCCAUCUUGCCUGGACUACAUUUUAACAAUUCUCUUAGUUUAUAUAUUAGCGUCUUAAGAUCAUCAUCAUCAUCAUGUUAGAAGUCCUUGUCAAUGCUUUGGGUUAUUCUAACUUCUUAAAAACGUUCAGUGUGCACACUGUAAAUCCCUUCUUAUCUGUCCUCCUAUUCAGUGGCAUCUAACGGAAAAUGAACAAUAUAGAACUUAAAUAUACACUUACAUGUAGUCAGGUAAAUAAAUAUUGCCUUUAUAUA